AUGACGGCAUUUGAAGCAGACGAGUAUUGCGCUUUAAGUGACGGACGUUUGGCGCCCUAUAUUGACAGCUACCAGUAUAGCUUCCUUGUUGAGCUUCGCCCACCCACAGCUGGUGACACAUUUAUAGGAACGACGGACAUUAUUGUAGAGGAUACUUGGGUAAACUUUGAUGGCAGUAGUAUUCCCGGAAAUGAAUUUUUAUACACGAUGACAAAUUAUCCGAUACAUCAACCUAACGGUGGAAGCGCUCAGAACUGUGCUGUAAUGAAUUCAAAACUAUAUGGGGGAGUUUACUUCGACAAUCGAACACAAGACAAAUCGUGUUCCUUCACAUCAACGGAUAUGCUGUGUUACUUCGAAGAUUGGACCAAUCUCUGUUUAUCCUGGAAUUCUACAGCCGACGAGAAAUACAGACAACACUGUUACUGGCCGACGACCAAAAUGCCCAACCAGACCACGUGGACCGUAAAGGACGCCAUGGACAAGUGUCGGUUUGAGGGUGGGCAGCUAGCCCCCAUCAUAGAUGAUGAUCAGUACUCCUUCAUUAUGAGCCGUCUCAGCUCUGUUGCCCACACAACAGGUAUAAGCACGGAGUUGUGGUUUGGAAUCCUUAACAUCAAAGGUACCCCUAUGAACUGGAAUGGUGAUCCUAUGGAGGCUACUACAACCAUUGCAUCUCCCUCGGGAGAGUGGUGUUUUCUGAUAUCGACAUUCGGAAGUCAGUUCUGGAGACAGUGCAGCUUCACAGAUCCAUCUAUUGCCUAUGGUGCUCUCUGCUACAAAGAGGGAUUUGUUACUGAUGCUGUAAGUCCUAAAACAUCACGUAAUGCCAUAACACUGUCUGCAGAGGAAAUAAAAAAAGAACUCCAUGUUAACCCAAGGAACACCAAAGCGUAUAAGCUGUCAAAGAUAAGUGUAUAUGAGGAUCGUCCUGUAGCUGUGAGUCUUGGGGUCGUUGGUAUUGCUGUACUUAUAUCGGUGUUUGCUUUCGUCAUCCUGUUAGACUGUCAACAAAUGGAGAGACUCUGUUCCAAACAACAAAGGCCAACAAAAAUUGAAACUAAAAACUAA